UAUAGGAGAAACCCUACCAUUCAAUCAUUUGGGUCAGCUUAGCUCGAUCUAAUCCACCAUUCUCUCCAGUUGUAAAACAAAAGAAACUCAGUUUCAUCCUCUGUGGAAACCCAAUUCGCUUACUCGAGUAGAGAAGAAGAUGAUAGCUGUGAUUGGAUUGCUUCUGGGUUUUCUAGUUUCAGCAUUGUUCUUAAUCCAAGGUAAGCGAAGAGGAUCAAAAGGUGAUCAGGAGAAGAAGCGAUCCAGUAAUGAGCCUGUAGAUGUACAGAAGCCUAAAUGUUACAGCAAGAGUGAAGUCGCAUUACAUAACAAAAGAGACGAUUGUUGGAUUAUAAUCAAAGAUAAGGUCUAUGAUGUUACUUCUUAUGUUGAAGAGCAUCCUGGUGGUGACGCCAUUCUAGAUCAUGCUGGUGAUGAUUCUACUGAUGGGUUUUUCGGACCGCAACACGCCACUCGUGUUUUCGACAUGAUCGAGGAUUUCUACAUCGGAGAACUUCGUCAGUGAGAAAAAAAAAGAUUUUUGUUGUUCUUUUUUUGAUUGAAGAUUUGAGAUUGUGGAAUCUUUUGUGCUGUGUUUGUUUGUCUAUUUGUCUUUUACUAGUUUAACGCUUUUUCUUUCAUUGUAAUGCUGAAAGGUUCUUCCUUUACUGUGUUAAUUUUGAUUAGUUUCAACUUCAGAGUUUUUGCUUCUUUUA